CCCUGGGUGGCAUCCAGCUGCCUCCAAGUCUGGAUGGCUCGCUUUAAAUGGGUCAGAUGUUUGCUUUGGAUUUAAAAAAGCUGCAGUUCUUCAGUACGGGCGAGGAGGCCGUGUGUAACAUUAGCACCUCAGACAGGCUGGAAUUCUAAUUAGCUGAUAUGCUGUACAGUAGUACGCCCGAUAUAGCAACCUGUUGGCUUGCAAAGACGAUGAGGAGCGCGUGAGUGGAGGGCAAGGGAACAAGACGCAGUGAAGACAGAGAGAUGUUUCCAUUUUGACUGAGCUCCAUGGAGGUGGUGAAUCUACAGCUCCAGCCCGACUGGGAGCAAUGGAGGAGAGAGAUGGAAGACAGGUGGAAGAGGACAUGGAGGGAGAGGGUGAGGCGAUGGAUGAGCGAGGGGGAGGAUGAUGAAGAGACAGACAAUGAGGUGAGUGAGCAGGAUGAAGAUGAAGGAGGAGAAACAGAGAGUGAGGAGUUUCAAGAUUUGCAUGAGGAAGACAAGGAGGAUGAUCUGGGGCAGGGAAGGUCAGCUGCAGAAGAUUACUUAGAAGGUCCUAGAUCUUUGACAGAUGAGAACUUGGCAACCAUUUCCAGCCAAGAUGAACUGGAGCAGGGAAGCUCAGUUGCAGAAGAUUCCAGAUCUUCCGAAGAUCAGCGCAAAUGUCUUCAGAUAGAGGAACAACAUGAUGAUAACAGAAAGUGGAGAAAUGGAAUGCAAAAUACGAAGGAGGAGGCAAGAAACGCUUUGGAAGAUGAAGAGACACCUGCUGUGGCAUUGUGGAUGAGCCAUGAAGAAGAAGAAGAAGAAGAAGAAGAGGAGGACGAGUCCAGUGAUGGUGAUGAUGAGGAGACAGUGAGCUCUCAGGAUGAAGAUGAGAUAAAAAUGUACACCAAAGACGACCACCAUGUGGAGAUGUUUCACACUCUGGCAUCGUUCCGGGACUUGUCUCAAUUCACCGACCUAACUCUGAGCACCAAAGACGGCAGGAGGCUACACCUGCACUCCGUUGUUAUGGCAGCCAUCAGCUCGCUAGUCCAGGACUGUCUGAACAACAACGUGCACCACGAAGAAGCGCAGGAGCGGUCCAUCUUCUUGGAACUAGACAUGGACCACCAUAGUUUGGAGGCGAUUGUAGAAUUUGCCUACACUGGACUCAUAUCCUGCCUGGAGAACGUGGAGCAGGUGAAGGCUGCAGCUCAGACAAUCGGUGCCUACAGAGUGUUGGAAGUUCUCAAGAAGAUGGAGGAGUCCAGCACAAAUGGAGACAGUAUGUCUUCUUCACAACAACUCGCCGUUAGUCUUCGAUCCACCAGAGAACUCUGGAUGGACGGAGUAGGCUGUGACAUCACCAUAGAAGCAGUUGGAUUAUCACUUCCUGUCCACAGAGUCAUCCUGGCAGCCAGCAGUGACUUUUUCCGAGGAAUGUUCAAUUCAGGAAUGAGAGAGUCCACUCAGUCUCACAUCAGCCUUCCGUUUCUAUCAGCUUCAGACUUGGAAGUUCUGAUUGCUUCCUCCUACAGCGGCACCCUCCCGCUUAGUUGGAGUCGCGUGUUUGAGAUCAGCAGCACCUCCCUUCAGCUCCAGUACCAGCCGGCGCUGUCCCUGAGUCUUGACUUCCUGCAGAAGGAACUCAACCCACACUCUUGCCUGGAUGUGGCAUCCUUUGCCAAAGCCUACCAGAUGGAAAAACUUCUGGAAGUCUCUGACAAGUUUGUGUUGAGGCAAUUCCAAAAGGUGGCGUGCACCUGCAAGUUCAAGGACCUUCCGGCCAAACAGCUCUUGAGGUACCUGAACAGUCGCUCAUUGUGUGUUCCGUCUGAGUUGGUUGUGUUCAAGGCGGUGGUAGCCUGGAUCCAAGCCAGACCCAAGGCUAGGCUUAAACUUGCCAAGGAGCUUAUGAAGACCAUCUACUUCCCACUCAUGACCUUUGAGGAAUUCAAAGAGGUUCGGUCUGUCAACAUGUGGUCCAAGCACAACCUGGUAGACCUGUACGAAACAGUCUGGGAGGAUUUCUGCUCCAAUGAGGUGGACCCACAAUGCCAGUGCCGCAUUUAUCUGCCAGAACAGAGUCUAGUUCUGACCGGAGGUGACCAAAUCUCUGAGGACUUGGGCCGGAGACAUAUCAGCAGAGAAGUCUGGUUUGGGAAUUCCUUGAUGAACCAAACGGGAAUAAGAAAGGCAAUGGAGUGGAGGCAGCUGGGAGAGAUGCCAGAGCCUUCCAGGUUCUGUCACGAGGUGGCAGUGCUCCAAGGAAAACUGUACGUGAUUGGUGGGAAGAAGUACUACGGUACAGGAGACACCCUGCAGUGUGUUUAUAGAUACGACCCGCUUCAAAACAGCUGGCAGAGAAUGGCCGACAUGACACAGAAGAGAAACUCCUUCUCGGCCGUGGUGAUUAGCGGGAGCAUUUAUGCCAUCGGGGGGCACUGUGACCCGGAAUACAUAGAGAGUGUGGAAUGUUUCUCACCUUCGGCCAACUCGUGGAGCAUGGCCUGUCCUUUGGAUCUAACCCUAAGUGGACAUGUGGCAAAAGUGUUGCAAGACCAGAUCUUCAUCUCCGGAGGCCUGAACAACGACUACCCAUGUCUAGCUUCUCUGUUUGUGUAUCACCCAGAGAGAGGAUGCACCUAUCUGGCUAGCAUGUCUCAACCACGUGCCCACCACUGCAUGGAAACCCUGGAUGACCGUCUUUACGUAGCCGGGGGGAUCACGUUGGACAGUAACGAUGCGGCGAUAGACCAGCUCACCUGUGAGGUGUACACUCCCGCAAGUGACAUGUGGACGGCUUUCUCGUCCUUGCCGGUGCCUCAUGUGGGGGCAGGGAGCGCCAUAUUGGAGGGGAAGUUGUAUCUGCUCGGCGGGUACAGCCAGGAGGACUACAGCGACACCAAGAUGAUCCACCGCUACGACCCGGCCCUGCUCAGGUGGGAGAAUAUGGGCAAGAUGCCCGGGCCCAACAACGAUCUACGGGUGUCUUUGCUACAUUUGCCACCACAUGUACGCAAGUAGGACAUGUAUUUAAAAGUGUGAAGUCUUCUGUAGUAUAUUUUGUGAUAUUUUUGCUUGUUUGUCUACUAACUACAAAAAAAAAAGCAUGUAGGACAAAUACAUGACAGUUUUUACAAUACGAUCGGAAGGGGGUACCACCCGAGACCACCUUCGAAGAACAAAAAACAUGAGUAAUUGAGACGCACAUCCUCCUAAACCUCCUGCAAGCUUGAUUGAUUUUGGAUCAACAUUUGCAAUAUUCAUUCAUUCAUUCAUUUUCUACCGCUUUUUCCUCACGAGGGUCGCGGGGGGUGCUGGAGCCUAUCCCAGCUGUCUUCGGGCGAGAGGCGGGGUACACCCUGGACUGGUCGCCAGCCAAUCACAGGGCACAUAUAGACAAACAACCAUUCACACUCGCAUUCAUGCCUAUGGACAAUUUGGAGUCGCCAGUUAACCUAGCAUGUUUUUGGAAUGUGGGAGGAAACCGGAGUACCCGGAGAAAACCCACGCAUGCACGGGGAGAACAUGCAAACUCCACACAGAGAUGGCCGAGGGCGGGGACCGAACCCUGGUCUCCUAACUGUGAGGUCUGCGCACUAACCACCAGACCGCCGUGCCGCCCCAUUUGCAAUAUAAAUUUUGCAAUAUAAAUGACUCCAGAAUAGUCGUAAAUGACUCCUAAAUAGUCCUCACAUACUUAUUAAACACAUUGGAAAUUAUUCAUUCAGGGGGUGCUGGAGCCUAUCCCAGCUGUCUUUGGGCAAGAGGUGGGGUACACCCUGGACUGGUCGCCAGCAAAUCACAGGGCACAUAUAGACAAACAACCAUUCACACUCACAUUCAUACCUAUGGACAAUUUGGAGUCACCAAUUAACCUAGCAUGUUUUUGGAAUGUGGGAGGAAACCGGAGUACCCGGAGAAAACCCACGCAUGCACAGGGAGAACAUGCAAACUCCACACAGAGAUGGCCGAGGGUGGAAUUGAACCCUGGUCUCCUUGCUGUGAGGUCUGCUCGCUAACCACAUGCAUAAAUACUCACCACAAAUGAUCGUCGUCACACUAGUCGCUCGUGCUAUAACCGCGCUUCUGUUGUUUUAGCACCACCUGUCACCCCAGCUAGCUGUCAGCGAAGGCGUCCCCCCCCCAAAACCGCAUCUACAUAAUCCACACUGCUUACCUGUUGACAUUACAGUAACAAGUUACGAAUAAAUGCUGCAUGUUUUGAGGCAGAAUGGACUGUGGAAGCUAAUGUUUCCAUAGCCAAACAAACAUUGCCUCAUUAUAAAACUUAUUUUUUUUAGGGUGAUUGAGAUGUGUUUUCUGCAGGAAAAUCUAUUUUCGGAGAAAAAAAUAAGUUUGAAAAAUCAACACAUUUGCAGAAUCAAGUGUUAUUGUUUAUGGUAUUUUGUCUACUAACUACUAACCAAUACUAACUAAUAAACACAUAGCCUGUAGGAAAAAUGCAUGUAGGACAUUUUCAAACAAAGAGUGUUUUUUUAAUGCACUGUAUUUAAGGUUGUACUUUAUUUUUUGCUGUAUAUUUUCUAAUAUGUUUGAUUGUUUGGCUGCUAACUAAAAAAACUACUUCAGGAAUGCACUAAUUAGGUAAAAACACAAAAUGGUGCUAGCAUGCUCAUACUCGCCAGUCAAUGUUCUUAUUAUUAUUAUU